AUGGUAGCUACCACUGAAAGACCACAGAUUUCCUCCAAGGCCAGCUUCUGGCUCAAAGAUCUGAUAGCAGUAGAGUACCCUGUUUUCCAAAUAGAAAAUAAGGCCAUAUGGUCUGAAGAACUGAUGGAAAAGAACCACAGCUUCCUCAUCACUAAAAUUAGAAGGGAUGAAAAAAGCAAUGAUUUAUUCAGUGCAUUUCAUACCCCAAUCUUCUGGAAGUCUCUGGAAGAGGAUAGGAAAGGGGGCACCAGGACCUUGACUUGGUCUGUGCCACUAUCUUUCACCCACAUCAGACACGGCUCUCAGCAAUGCCGUAUAUAUUUGGGUCUUGAUAAGGACUUGUUUGAAGACUGCUCUCUUCUCAUCUCUCUUCUGCCCAUAAUUAGUGUUUCCACAGCUGUUCCUGACAAGGACACUUGGACUAAAGAUUGGGACAGUUUACAGCUUGAUCAACUUGUCUGCUCCUGGCGAGAUCAGUCUGCCAUGAAGGGUUUUCUCAUCGUCGCUCUCUUGAGUGCAGCUGGAGCUGUUCUGGCUAAACACUCUGAAGAUAAUCAGGAAUCAUCAUACAAUUUUACUAUUCCUUACAUGGUCUAUCUUCAGUCCUUCCCAGAACCCUGUGUGGGGUCUCUCAUUCAUCCUGACUGGGUAUUGACAGCUGCCCACUGCCCCUUACCUGUUGAAAUCCGACUGGGAGUUUCUCAACCUAGCAUCACAAAUAAGAAACAACAGAUACGAAACUAUUCAUCGAUUGUGACCUACCCUGACUUUGAUGCAAAAUCCUUGAACAAUGACCUAAUGAUGAUCAAACUGUCAAUGCCGGCUUCACUCAACCCCCAUGUGGGGACUAUAGCCAUAGCCUUGGAACCCAUUCCAUUUAAUGAGUCCUGCUUUAUUCCAACCUGGACCUGGAAUGAAUAUAAAAACCGUAUUGUUGAGGAUAAGGAUGCCACCACUUCAUAUCUGAAAUGA